CCUGUUCUCUGGGUAGGCAGAGAAGGUCCCUAGAGAAUUUGGGUUAUUACAGAAAAGAAGUAGCCUUAACUUUGGUAGAACAGGAUUUCAGAAUUCCUGUGUGGACUAGGGAAUUGGAUUUUGGAGCUCUUAAACCAUGACACUGUGUUUAGUAAUUAAAAAUUCUCUCCUGCUGUUUGGGAAGUGUAUGAUAGUUUAACAGUUGAAUUUGUAUUAAUGCAAAGUCACAUGUUAUUCCUUAGCAGUUUGUCCAAAAAGAAGAAAUAGCCACUAAGAGCAGCAACAUACAGAUUGUCUCUUCCAGUCUGGUUAGGCAGGAACGAUGGAGACUGCUGAUGGAGAAAACUUGGGUGUAGCCACCUCCACCCCCUCUAAUGAGGAGUUUGAUAUAGUUGUUGGCUAUCUGGAAGAUAUCAUCAUGGAUGACGAUUUCCAGUUAAUACAGAGGUCUUUUCUGGAGAAGCACUACCAGGAGUUUGAUGACUCAGAAGAAAAUAAGCUCAUCUAUACUGACAUUUUUAAUGAAUAUAUCUCUUUAGUAGAGAAAUACAUUGAAGAGAAGUUGCUCGAUCGCAUUCGUGGGUUUGACAUGGUCGCCUUCACAGUGUCAUUGCAACAACGCAAAGAUGAAAUGCCAGGUGAUAUAUUUGAUCUGCUUCUCACAUUUACGGACUUCCUGGCUUUCAAAGAGAUGUUCUUGGAAUACAGAGCUGAAAAAGAAGGUCGAAGUCUGGACUUAAGCAGCGCGUUAGUGGUGACUUCAUUAAACCAUUAAACAAGUCAUUCUGAAGGGA